GGGACCGGAGCUGGAACCUGUAAUGGAUCUAUCUGCUGAGGAACGGUUCACCCCCGUUCUACCGGACCGGGUUUACUAACUCACUGAGGAGAGAUUUUUCUCUUUAAAUCAGAGAUUUUGUUGUUUUGGAUGGACAGACUCAAAGAAAAGUGCAUAUAUGCAACAUUUUGGGAAGAGCUGGAUUUAUUUACGCGUCCUUGUGGCAUUCCCCAAGAACCCCAAACCUGAUCGGAUGAAAAGACGAGGAGGAUGUAUGGAAUAAACCCGCGCUGCGUUUACAUAUCGUUUCAUUUUUUUGUGCUGUGGUGCCACACUCAGGGGGAGAAUCACCCGUCUCCUAAUUUUAACCAGUAUGUGAGGACGCAGGGCGCAGUGACGGACCAGCUCAGCCGCCGGCAGGUCCGGGUCUACCAGCUCUACAGCCGGACCAGCGGAAAACACGUCCAGAUCCAGGGCAAGAGGGUCACCGCCACCGCCGAGGACGGCAACAUGUACGCUCGCCUGUUUGUCGAGACCGACACGUUUGGCAGUCGUGUGAGAAUAAGAGGAGCAGAAAGUGGACGCUACCUCUGCAUGAACCGCAAGGGGAAGCUCGUUGGGAAGCCCAACGGCCGCAGCAGGGACUGUAUUUUCACAGAGAUCGUGCUGGAGAACAAUUACACGGCCCUGCAGAAUGCCAAGUAUGAGGGCUGGUAUGUGGCUUUCACCAGGAAAGGGAGGCCCAUCCAAGCCUCGAGGACCAGGGAGAACCAGAGAGAGGUCCAUUUCAUCAAGAGGCUCCACACGGGCCCGCCUCCCUUCCCCAACACAGACCAAAGCAAACAUUUUGAGUUCAUCCGAUUUCCGGCCACACGUCGAGCAAAGCGGAACAGGAAGUCAUGUACCUCAUCCUAACAUGCAGCCGGAGCCUCGGACUAACGCCCGCUGCCAUGGACCAGGACACAGAUGCUUUUCUAUUUUUGUACAUUUUUGAUAGGCUACUGGUGACUCAGGUGUCAUAAACCUAAAGAAAUAUUGGUGUAAAAUGAUCAUGUGUAAAUACUGAA